CGUCGCGCCGGCAAGUCUGUGGCCCCGCUGGCAGUGCGCUUGCGCGGCCGCCGGGGCUCUCCACCUCCGCUUCCCCUCCCCCUGGCCCCCGCCGGGGCUCCGGGCCGACGGGACCAUGUUCACCAGCACGGGUUCUAGCGGGCUUUACAAGGCACCUCUGUCAAAAAGUCUUUUGCUGGUCCCCAGUGCCCUGUCCCUGCUGCUGGCCCUCUUGCUGCCUCACUGUCAGAAGUUUUUUGUGUAUGACCUGCAUGCUGUCAAGAACGAUUUCCAGAUUUGGAGGUUGAUAUGUGGAAGAAUAAUUUGCCUUGAUUUGAAAGAUACUUUCUGCAGUAGUUUGCUUAUUUAUAAUUUUAGAAUAUUUGAAAGAAGAUAUGGAAGCAGAAAAUUUGCAUCUUUUUUGUUGGGUGCCUGGGUUUUGUCAGCCCUGUUUGACUUUAUCCUCGUUGAAGCCAUUCGGUAUUCAUUGGGUAUCACGGUGGCCAGUAAUUUGCCUUCUGGAUUCUUGGCACCUGUGUUUGCUCUGUUUGUACCAUUUUACUGCUCCAUACCAAGAGUCCAAGUGGCACAAAUUCUGGGCCCGUUGUCCAUCACAAACAAGACAUUGAUUUAUAUUUUGGGACUUCAGCUUUUCACCUCUGGUUCCUACAUCUGGAUUGUAGCCAUAAGUGGACUUAUUUCCGGUAUGUGCUAUGAUCGCAAAAUGUUCCAAGUUCACCAGGUGCUCUGCAUCCCCAGCUGGAUGGCACGGCUCUUCUCAUGGACACUUGAGCCCAUCUUCUCAUCUUCAGAGCCCACCAGCGAGGCCAGAGUUGGGAUGGGAGCCACGGUGGACAUCCAGAGGCAGCAGAGAAUGGAACAACUUGAUCGGCAGCUGAUGCUCUCUCAGUUUGCACAAGUGAGGCGGCAAAGACAGCAGCAGGGAGGAAUGAUCAAUUGGAAUCGUCUUUUCCCUCCUUUACGUCAGCGACGAAACAUAAACUAUCAGGAUGGCCGGCAGUCUGAACAGCAAGCAUCCCCGCCUCCAGAGGUUUCCGAGGAGCAGGUUGCACGGCUCAUGGAGAUGGGAUUCUCCAGAGGAGACGCCUUGGAAGCCCUGCGAGCCUCGAAUAACGACCUCAACAUGGCCACCAACUUCCUGCUGCAGCACUAACGGGCAGCCCGCCUGAGCAGCCAUGGCAAGUGCCCUGCGCCGCUUCCGCCCGAGGACCAGGCCAGCUGUGGCGCCGACGCUCUCAUGGGAGAGGGCGGCACCCAUGGCUCAAGAUGGCUACCACUGUAGCGUCAACCUAAGUUUUCCAUUAAAUUAGCAUGUAUUUUCUACCUAUUUUUUUAUUGGGCAUUUUCCUUAGUCUGAAGAGUCCUCCCUCGUUCCUGCUGUGUCUGAAUGCGUUUGAAAAUGCAGAUUUCUCUGGGUGGGCAUGCGCACAGCCUGCCAGAUGAGGACUGGCCGCAGCGUCGUGUGCUUACUGCAGCAGGCUAUCCAAGCACCGCGGGAUCAUUGGCGCAGCAGAGGGGCGGAGGCGAUGGGACUUCAGGAAAGGCACAUCGCACGAUGAGCUUCCAAUCACUGUAUUUUUUUUCUCAAGCCUGUGUUCAAAUCCCAUUGGCUGUUGGUCCACAGGCUCAGGAGCUGAGUGACAGUCACCAUGCCCAUGGAUGAGGGAGGAAUGGGAGCUCAGCCCAAAGCCACACCAGUCCAGCUCACUCCAGCUCCCUUAAAAAUACUACUAAUCCAGCACUGACUUGAGGUUCGGGAAUGUUCUGAUGAUGCUUCUAGGAGUGGCUCUGCUCAGAAUAUCCAGAGUUAGCCACUCAGGCUGGGUGGGGUAGGGGUGGACAGAACAAUGAAAAGAGUUGCUUCCUGGAGUCUUGCAAGACCUGACCAGACAGCACGGCCUGACCCCAGCGCAGCCCAUUGCAGGACUAGCCCUCCUGGCCCCCCACGUUGCCAGUCCCCCCCUCCACAACAGGUUCUCCCUGGCACCAGACCCCACUGUGAGGCAGUGUGUGCCGCAGAGAUGGGUGAGAAUAGCACUAGAGCAAGUUGAAUGAUAACCUAAUUGUGCAACUUGUUUGGCAGAAUGAGCGGCAAUGUAUCAAAUUGAUGCAAAUUUUGUGUGAUACAAUAAAAUUUCUAAUGUUUUA